GUACUUUUAAGGCGCUACUUACGGUUGUGUGGCUGAAAUAUGGGUGAAAGGACGGAUGACAGUGAUGUAGUAGUCACAAUAGGAGUUUGUGCAAUGGCAAAGAAAGCGAUGUCAAAACCAAUGAAGGAAAUUUUGAGAAGAAUGGACAAGUUCCAGCACAUUAAGAUAAUAAUAUUCGACGAGAAAAUGAUAUUAGAUUCACCAAUAGAGUCAUGGCCCAUAUGUGAUGCACUGGUCAGUUUUUAUUCUGAAGGAUUUCCUCUCAAAAAAGCUAUUGCUUAUUCGAAGCUGCGGAAGCCUUACCUUGUCAAUGAUCUUGAAUCCCAAUACAUUUUAAUGGAUAGAAGAAGGGUUUAUGAGUGCUUGACGAAAGAAGGUGUUCCAGUUCCGAGAUACGCAUUUGUUGAUAGAACAUCAGAAAACCCAGUGAAAGUUGUUGAGCUUGACGAUUCAAUUGAGAUUAAUGGUGAGGUUUUUCACAAACCAUUCGUAGAAAAACCUUUGCAUGCUGAAGAUCAUAAUAUCUACAUCUACUUCCCUAGCAGCGCUGGAGGAGGCAGUCAGCGUCUCUUUCGAAAAGUUGGAAAUCGCAGCAGCAAGUACUUUCCACACAGUAAUAUUCGAACAAAUGGAUCUUAUAUGUAUGAGGAAUUUAUGCCAACGGAUGGUACAGAUGUAAAGGUUUACACGGUCGCAGAUGAUUAUGCUCAUGCAGAGGCUCGAAAAUCUCCUGCCUUAGAUGGGAAGGUAGAACGAGAUCACGAAGGUAAAGAAGUUCGCUAUCCUGUCAUACUAACACCUAGAGAGAAAAUCAUUGCCAAGAAAGUAGCAAAAGCUGUUCGGCAGCAAAUCUGUGGAUUCGAUCUUCUUCGGGCUAAUGGAAUGUCUUAUGUUUGUGACGUAAAUGGAUUUUCUUUUGUUAAGUCAUCCAAAAAGUACUAUGAUGACUGUAGUCACAUUCUUGGUGUGUUAAUUACUCGAAAAAUAGCACCACGAUUGUGUUUGCCGACCAACUUGCCUCCAGGUACGGAUGUAGAUACUCCGCUGGUACCAACAACUUGUGGAGCAAUUAUGGAACUUCGUUGUGUAAUCGCUGUCAUUCGUCAUGGUGACAGGACGCCAAAACAGAAAAUGAAAAUGGAAGUUUGCCAUCAGAAAUUUUUCUCAUUUUUCACUAAGUAUGCAGGUGGUUGGGCUCGUGAAUUAAAAAUCAAACGUCCUACCCAGUUGCAAGAAAUUUUAGAUAUUGUGCGAUCCAUUUUGGAAGAAAUUGAUUCUGGCCAGUGUACUGAUAAUUGUCUUCUUCGAAUAAAGCCAAAAUUUGAGCAACUAAAAUAUGUCUUAGAAAUGUAUGGGUCAUUUAGUGGAAUUAACCGUAAAAUUCAGUUAAAAUAUCAACCACAUGGAAUUGGUAAAGAAUCAAAUAUUGGUUAUUCAAGUAGUAUUCCAAUAUCUUGUGACUGUACUGACGAAUGUGACAACACCCAACCUUGCCUAUUAGUUGUCGUGAAAUGGGGUGGAGAAUUAACAGCCGCAGGCAAGCAACAAGCAGAAACUCUAGGAAAAGCUUUUCGUUGCAUUUACCCAGGUGGAGAUGGCCACUAUGGUAAAGAUCCUGGUCUUGGAUUAUUACGUUUACACAGUACUUAUCGUCAUGAUUUGAAGAUAUAUGCUUCUGACGAGGGUCGUGUCCAAAUGACAGCUGCAGCUUUUGCCAAAGGUUUCUUGGCACUAGAAGGAGAAUUGCCACCAAUCCUUGUUCAGAUGGUCAAGUCAGCUAAUACGAACGGUCUUUUAGAUAAUGAUAACGAUUGUCGUCACUAUCAGCAGAUGGUUAAACGUCGAAUCAAUGAGGUUAUGUCAAAAAACAGUGAUUUCACCGCUGAAGAUAUUGCUACUCUUGUUCCUACCGGCGCACGUUCUAUAAUUAAUGCUAUGCAGUAUGUUAAAAGCCCGUAUAGAGCAUGUGGUCGCCUGUUUGAACAUGUUCGUCUGUUAUCUAAUCGUCUUGCUUGGCUCUCACGAAGUUCCAAAGAACGCAGUCGAAUACACUUGUAUCAAGGUGAAAGUUGGGACCUAUUGCUCAGACGUUGGGGAAAGCUAUUAAAAGAUUUUCGAUCUCCUGAAGGAGAAUAUGAUCUUUCUAAAAUUUCAGAUAUAUAUGACAACAUAAAAUAUGACUUGCAACAUAAUUCUGGCAUUUUACUAGAAUCUGAGGUGCAAGAUUUCUUCAUGUGUGCAAAGUCGCUAGCUGACAUUAUUGUCCCACAGGAAUAUGGUAUAACAAAAGAAGAAAAACUAGUAAUAGGUCAACGUAUUUGUACUCCACUUAUGCGAAAAAUUUUAUCAGAUGCUCGUUAUACAGAUGUAGAUGAGUGUACACGGCUGCAUGCUGGUUAUUCAAAAGGAGUUGCUUCACCUGAACGAUUUGUUCGUAGUCGCUUGUAUUUCACCAGUGAAAGUCAUAUUCAUUCACUACUUACUUGUCUAAGAUAUGGUGAAUUAGCAGACAUUGUAACAGAUGAACAAUGGAGACGUGCUAUGGAGUAUGUGUCGUCUAUUUCUGAAAUUAAUUAUCUUGCUCAAAUUGUAAUUAUGAUUUAUGAAGAUCCUACUGUGGAACCGAAAACUGAAAAACGAUUCCAUGUUGAAUUACACUUUAGUCCUGGUGCUUUUGCAUUAUGUCAUGAUCUCCCUGAAGGGAGUGGUUUUCGAUCGGGAAAAUUGGUGCAGUCAGAACACUUAGUGAAAUCAGAUGAAAAAUGUGACAAUGGGGAUCACAAAUCAAAUCCAAUCAACAUAGAAGACAAGAGAGUUCGAGAAACACCGAAAUGGCUAACUUUGGGGGCUCGUAAAUUAUACGAUUCGGCUGGUUCAAAUAGUUCUACUAGAAUAAAUCAACAUAAUAGCACAGGCUCUGUUCAUUCAUCAAAAAAUCAAGAUUUAACUUCCACAUCUACUCGAGCUCGUUUAACUCCACUUCCUUCUGAUGAACCGGUGUGUCCCAACGAAUCGACUCAAUUUGCAAUGGAUUUGCCAUUUAGUCAAAUUAAUUCUCAACCAGUCAAUAAUUUUUUGUCAUCAUCUGGGGCUGACAGUGGUGUAGAUGAUGAUCCUGUUAUCAACCAAACUUUGAAUGCUAUCACUUACCCUAGUCGUCAAAGUCCAUAUCAUUUAGAUAUCGGACGUCUUAUAAGAGAAACUGAACAGAUCUACAGACGUUUCAGUUCUGCAGCCCGUAAAUUAUAUGUUCUAUACAUCACUUUUCAUUUAUACAGUGUUCGUUGUUUUCGCGUAACAUCAUUUGGCAUCAUUUUUGUAUUAUUGCCUGUUUCUAGUUUGAAUAGAUGGUGCAUGGUUUGUUGAUACAGUACAUUUCAUUUGACCUGGACUAACGGCCUCUGUUUAAUUAAACUAUUGUAUUCAAACAUCUGACCUAUAGUACUUAUAGAUAAUAUCUGAAAUGAAUAAAUCAUAGAGAUUAAGAAACACUACACUUUUCAUAUUUGCUAGUGGUUUUAAAUCUUACUCUCGACUGUCACCAUAUUUUUCACCAUGCUCCUAGUAUGGCAUUGAAAUCAUGAACUGAUAUAAGUUAAGUAAAAACUAGAAGCCUCGAAGUACUGGACAACCAUUUCGUCCCAGUAUUGUGACUCCUCGGCCGUAUGCAUCCACGACCUUGCAACGGGGGAUGGAACUCAGGACCGGUAGAUCAGUGGACUGUGUUCAAGUUUAACUUCAAUCAAUUCACGGCUUCGCGUGACCAUCUUCCAUUGACUUAAGUGAGUACCUUUCCCACACCCAACAGAAUUUUCUCCAUUGAUCACGGCUGCUUACAAGUAUUCUGGAAGUUCCCUCUCGAAGCUAGUCACUGGUAAGCUCAUGACAAUUUUCAGCAUAGUUUUGCGAAAAUUGUUUGGCGUCCUCAUUUGACGAUGUAGGUCCUGAGUUAGAUUCCUGCCUACGAGGUCAUGGGUGCAGAUUGCUAGGGAUUCCCAUACUAGAACGAAACGGCCGUCUAGUACUUUCAGGUUUACAAUGGUUGUCCAACUUAGAUUGGUUUGUAAUUUCAAUGAAAUUCAACAAUCUCCUUAAGCCCAUACUGAAAACUUCCUUUACUGGUUUUCAAUGUAAGCAGUGAGUGAUUUUCUUAAAGUCGGUUUUUGCUUCAAAAUUGCUUUUUAAAACUAGCUUAUUGUUAUUAGGAUGAUAUAUAUUGUUUGCUUCUCUCUUAUCAUCUGCUGUUAUAAUUAGUCAUACCAUUUUUGUUAGUCGGAACAUAAUUUCUCAUGUAUAUUUAGUCAGUUACUGUCGUAUUAGUGUGAAUGCUCUUAAGGCUUCAUACAUUACUUACUUACGCUUGGAAGCUUUUUGUUUCAGUAUAUUAACUAUUUAUCGCCUUACAACAUUUUGUUUAUUCUAGUUUGUGUUAGGUUUCUCAGUUCUUAUGUUUAUUUUUGUAAGGAAAAAGUACAAGAAAUAUAACUAUUACAUAUCUCUGUGCUUCUUUUUUUUCUCUACAAAAAUAACCAAAGUGAUGCUAAAUAAUAUCAGUUAGAUAAAAACGUGUAAAUGAUACUUUGUAGAUUAUCACUUAAAUAUAAUUACAACCGUUGUAAAACAUUUAAUCCCUUUUGAAAAUUAUAAUAGUCUCAUAUAACGCUAAUGUGAAAUGCUGUUUGUAUGUUCGCUUUUGAUUUUGUAAAGUUUUGUCUGCUUCGAAUAUAAGACAAUAUGUUAUUCUUUCAAAGCAGUCUUAUUUGGUGAAUAUCUAAAUAAUUUUUGUUUUUCCUAACAAAUAUUCUCAUCAUGUUUUAUGAGUUUAUAGUAUUAAAAUAUCAUGUGUAUAACAACAGUAUAAACACUUGUAAUUCUUAGUUUUUCUUAUACUCAAAUGUAGUAUAGUUACUGAAAAAGAAAGUUCGGACUGAAUAUUUCUAUAGGUUUUUGAUGUUUUUGAAAUAACUAUGCAUGAUAUUGGAAAGAUUUUCAUUCUAUUAUAGUAUAAGGCAUUAAUAGGUUUCAAGUUUGUUUUUUGCUUUUAUUCGAUUUGAUGUUGGUUUGUUGCACGUCAUUUAUGGAUGCAUGUUGUUCCAACUUUUAUUUUAUCAUCUACACUUAUAAAAAUACUAAAUGCAUUCAUCAAUAUUUUAUUUGAUGUACUUAUAGAUGGCAUACAUUUUUCGUAAAUAAAAUUAUCACGUGAAUAUCUAAAUAGUACUUUGAUACUAAUUGUAUGUAAUAUAUGUAUCUACCAGUUUUACCAACUCUACAACAUUGCGACUAACUUGUAGUUCGAUUUCAGUUCUAAAUUUUUUGAUACUCUAGAACAUAUAAGUUUGUGGUUAUCAGUGCUAUCCAAGACGGACGUUAUUUAAAACUCAUCAGCUUAAUGUAAUUGAAUCCCAGUGUUGUUAACACUAAGAUAUAAAUUAAGUGUUUUACACUUCAAAAACUUAGCUUGUUAGUCUAGUCAUUGCCUUGUUCAACGGGUUUCGAUAUAUACAUUAUUACCGGUUCUAUAGAACCAGUUAGCUCAAGAUGCACAUGUACCAUCUAUGAUUGGUCAAAAUACAUUCCUAAAUAUCAACAAAGGGAUAUCUCUAACCUUUUCUAUUAAUGACUUCAAAUUUCCCAGUUUGAUAGAUCGAUAAAUUGUUCUAUGUAUCAACAUAUUUAUUUAUUUAUUCAGAUAUAUAAACAUUGGUACAAGGAGGCAACAAAUAUAUGCGCGCCACACUUCGUCAUUCGAUUUGUCUGAAGGCCGGGAUACUUCCCCGGCGUCCAAACCGAAGCAAUUAGUUUUCUUACAUACAUAUACAUAUACUCAUUUACUGAGAUUAUUUCGUUUAGCUCAUUUUCAUCAUGUACCUUUAUCUGUUUGUAUUCUUGUAGAUUUCAUUCAUUCUGUUGGUAAUUUACUAAAUAGGUUCGUUAAGUUUUUUAUCCUUUUAAUAUCCCUUUUUUAACGGCCCCACUGCACCUUCUCCCUCACGUUAGCCUUAUCGUUUUCCUUACUAAACACCAAGUUGUUGUACAAUUUCAUUCUCUUUUAAUUUAUCAGCAUAAAAAUUGUCAAGCUAUUUGCUAGAAACAUUUCAAUUAACUCAGACAAACUCAAGUUUCAAAGUAAUAGUUCACCAUUUCCUGUUUAUAGCAAUUGAUUGUCCAAACAAAUAAUUGAUAGUUAUAUUCAAGCGUUACUAGAGAUACAUCUAAUAAAAUGAAGCAAAUACACGAGAAAAAUGAAAACUAUUUAUCACUAUUUAUUCCUUUUUUUAGCUGUUGCCACGGGAGCGCCGUUUGCACCGCCAAUAUGUCGAAGUCUUAUAAGUACAGCGGUUAUACGUGGUUCACGUGAUGAUAGCCAAGCAUCUAGUAGUGUUCCUGAUUUUAAGAGAUUAACAGAAGAUAUAAGCGUGGCACCACGAACAUUAACACGUAAGUGAUUUGUUCACUUUAACUAUUUGUUUUUAUUGUUUUUUUCUACCGAAAAACGCGACUUCCACAUUUCUUUUAUCUGGAUUAUUACUUACGCCUGUUACACCCCUCUUGAAGGAGCAUAGGCCACCCACCAGCAUUCUCCAUACAACUCUGUUCUGAGCAAUCCUUUCCAGUUGCUAUUAAUCCUUUUCAUAUCUGCUUGAAAUUUUCAGCGUAGUAUGUUCUUUGAUCUUCCUCUUUUCCGUUUCCACUCAAGAUUCCAUAUUAGGGCUUGUUUCCGUGACGCAGUUUAGUGGCUUCCUCAGUGUAUGUCCUAUCAACCUCGAGGGUGUUUUCGCAGUUUCCUCUUCAACAGGGAGCUGGUUUGUUCUCUCUCACAGUAAAAUGUUACUGACGGUAUCCGGCCAACGGACAUUAAGUAUCUUUCAUAGACAGUUGUUUAUAAAUACCUGUACUUUUGAUGAUGGUUGUAGUAGUUCUAGAAGUUUUAGCUCCGUACAGUAGAACUGUUCUGACGUUGGCAUUGAAGAUUCUGUGGUUGAUACUGGUUGACAGUUGUUUUGAGUCCCAUAUGUUUUUCAGUUGUGGGAAUGUUGCCCUAGCUUUGUCGACCCUCUUUACGUCUGCAUCAGAUCCUCCUUGUUCAUCGAUGAUGCUGUUCAGGUACAUCAGAGUCUCCACAUCUUCCAGAGAUUAUCGUUCAAGUGUGAUUGGGUUGAUGUUUUCUGUGCUGUAUUUGAGGAUCUUGCUUUCCCUUUGUGUAUGUUGAGGUCUACUGAUGCAGAGGCUUUUGCCACACUAGUUGUCUUGAGUUGUAUUUUUCUGUGUAUAUGGGAUAGAAUGACCAGGUCAUCUGCGAAGUCCAGUUUGUCUAGUUACAUCCAUGAAUUAUUUGAUAGAAAUUGAUGUUGUGCAUACAAUGAUAAGAACCCAUUAUUCAACAAUGUUUUUAGUUAUCAUAUCCGUAUUUAUUCAAUAAUACACGUGGAUAUCAUACAUAGUAACAGUUAAAGCAUUUGAUUUUCAUUUAUCUGGUCUCACAUCUUAACUAAGCUCCCCGCUCACUUAAAACAGCCUUGUUGGAUAAAAUCACAUUUCAUCAAAAACACAAAUGUCUGAUUUAUAGUUGAGUUAAUUUACUUUAGUAUAUGUAACAAACUUUCAUUAAGUGAUUAACAAGUAAAUGGAUUAGUUACCUCCUCUAAAGUACAUAAAUUCAGAGUGCUCUCUUGGUUCGCUACUACACUUCUCCAUAUUAAUAAUAAAUCCCUCACAACCUAAUGCGGAAUUUUUUCCUUAGCAUUCUUUUUAUUUUCCUCUCGCUUUAUCUUUUAUUGAAUAGACGAGUAGCUUAUAAUGACCUUUGACCUAAACUGCAGUUACGUGUUUAUUUUCUUUAUAAACUCUAAAAGAGUAUUGUUAUCAAUAGUUUUACUAAUAAUCUCCACACAAACAUCUUUUAGCUACUAUAUCUCAAUUUAUUUACUAAUUUUAUGAUUUCUAGCUGGAAGCUCUCAAGAAUUUUUGGUUCCCAGUGCGCCAUGUGUCCCAGAAGUGUACCCCCUGGAAACACUACAUAACGCUUUAACUUUAAGUCAAUUGGAAGCCUUUCUUGUUCGUUUAACUACUCAUAAGUUUCCGACUCCAUUUACAUCACCGAAACACCCAUCUACUCCUGUAAAUUAUUAUCACCAUCACCAUCAACCUCAGUUAAGUCAAACUACUCUUGAGUUCUUCUCUCAGUAUCACGACUUGUGUACUAAUCUAUCUUCUUCACUUCCGAAUUCUACUGGAGAUGAUACUGCAACACAGGACUGUUCCAAUAUUGUUGAUGAGGCCUCUACUCAAGUACAGCAACCUGUGUCAUCAAAUGUUACGUCAAUAAUCCCAUCCGCUUCACCGUUUCAAAAAAUUACUUCCGGAAAUACAAAUUACCAACAGUAAAUCAAAAAAAUUCCGACUGUCUUUUCUUCCCUAAUUAAUAAAAGUCGAUUUCUUCAUCUGUGGAUAAUUGAAGAAUAUCACAAGUUCACUUUUGCCUCUGCUUCUGUAUACAUAUAAUAAACAGUUUUCUCCUAAUCUUAUAUGAUCCAUUUCAUCUAGAUAUUGAUCUCUAAUUAAUCGAGUAUUUAUUACUUGUUUUAUUUUAUUACCAAUAUUUUCUUAGAAUUUUUUUCAGUUUGUCUGUAUUUGUUUACUCUUUAGUUCCUUGUUUGUAUAUAGUGGUUUUCUAAUAUUGCCUUUUUAUUUUGUGUACUUUUUUUCUUUUCUGUUAGUUAUUUAAUAAUAAUUCGAGAAAAAUACAGGUAUUGGUUUGAAU